AUGGAUGCCGGUCUAAAAAUUCCUAAAGGAAUUUUACAAGGAAAUCUUAAAGAGUAUGGAAACUAUCACCAAUGUCUUGGUAUACACGAAGAAGUAUCAGAGGAUAUGGAAAUACAAGGAAAAUUUUGUUUGAUAUCUGUACCAGUUAAUUCAAAUUCAAGAAUAAAUCCACAAAUGACAUUAGAUUUUGAUCCAAACCUAUUACAAUUACCUCUUCAAACUAAACAGAAGCUUGAGGAAAGAAAUUUGUAUAUGGAUAAAAUGCGUUCUGUGUUCGGAAAUACAAUAGAAUAUCAGAGGAUGGAUCCUAAUACUACACUCCCUGAUAUUGAAUUCCAACUUGGUGUAUGUGUACCAAAAUGCAUUGGUGUGACAUGGUAUCUAGCAAUUGAUGUACAAUUACAUAUUCUUUCACCAAUCAUUUUAUUUUGGGUUUUUGGCAGAGCAAAACGACUGGCCUGGUCAGCUCUAUUUCUUGCUCUAUUUUUGUCUCUAACUGCUUCUACAGCUUACAUUUUUGCAAAUACCUUCUCAGAUGAAGGUUUGAAAUACUUCGUUUAUGUUUAUGUAAAUAUUUUAACAAGAGCCCCUCCUUUCUUUGUGGGAAUGGUGUUUGGAUAUGCUCUUCAUUUGGCACGUGGAAAAAAAAUUAGAAUGCCAAUGCAUUUGCAUGUCCCUUUAACUGCACUUUCUAUUUCGCUCUUGGCCCUCAUCCUAUACUGCCAUUAUAAGCGUGAUGAUCCAAACUUUGAUAACCAAGUUGUUAAAGAUCUUUUUCAAUCAUUUCUACGACCAUUUUGGGCUGCCGGCCUUGGUUGGAUUAUUUAUGCUUGCUAUAAUGGCUAUGCAGUUACAAGAAAAAGGACAAACCAAAAUGGCAUUGGUAAUGGACGAAUUACGAAUGGCAAUUUACCGACUCAUCUAGUUCCAGAAAAAAAACAAGACUACCAAUGA